AUGAAAGACCCUCUAAAUUCCAGAUAUGGAACAUUAACUCCAAUUGAUCUGAGAAGAUACGGAGAAAAUCCUAGAUCCCCAACAUCCCCGACUGUUGAACACCUUAUGGGAGGUGAAGCUUCAAGGUGGUCACCUCACUCCUCACCUGUAAUUCGAAGGGACCAUGAUCCUGAAGAAGAUCACACCCAUCAUCAAAAGAAAUCAGUUCUGACAAAAGUUAAGGAAAGGGCAAAGAAAUUGCGACAGAGUCUCAGUGGCAAGAAGAAGCAUAUUGAGGAAAGUAACACCACACCCUCAUGGGGUGUUAGCUUGGAAGACGAAGAGGAAGAGAAAGAUGCUGAGUAUCUUGGAGCCCCAAUGUAUGAAUCGGAGUUGGCGCCUGAGGGGUACAAGGUGCAUGCAAGGCACUAUCCAAGAGAAAUUUCUGUAAUUUCUGAGAAACAGGUUUUGGCAAGCAGUGUCAACCAUAGUGUUGAACAAGAAAAGGAGAAGCCUGCUACUCCUCCUACUACUCCUAAACAGACUAGUACUCCUACUACUCCUAACGAGACUACUCCUAACAAGACAAUAACGGAAACUGUAACUGAGAAGCUGGCUCCGGCAUAUGCCACAGUAUCGGAUGCAACACAUGCAAUUGCUUCAAAGAUUCAAGGCCUUACUGUCUCAUCCCCAGCUACUCCAGAAGUUAAAAAGCUUCCUGCUCUUGAAACCGAGAAGCCUGCCAGUCCAACUGGCCAAAUGUGGGAUAAAGGUGUUUCAGUGAAGGAGUUUAUAAAGAAUAAGUUUGAGCCAGGGGAGGAUGAGAGAGCACUUUCUCAAGGGGUGUUGUGGAGAAGGUGA